UAAGAAAUAACUCAUUAACAUUUAAAACCAUCAAGAACCUUUGAGUUUUCUCUUCAAGAACAAGAUGAACGACCACAAAAAUUUACUCCAAGGGGGAAUGCAAGAAGAAAAUCGAGCAAAGAAACCAAUAUCCGCUUCGCCUACAAGGUCUCAGCUCGUGAUAGCAAACUCAAACGCAGAUCUAACAGGUCCAUCAGAGGUCGUGUUUAACGUUUGCUGCUUAUGCGUCUAUUGUCCUCUUUGCAUUCUCUGGUGCUGCAUCAAAUUGCCUUGUGCAAUCGGAUGGCGAGCCAUCCAAAAAGCUGGACGCCACUUAGGUGGCUGCAGCGGCUGUGGCAGGAGCUUGAGCAUGAAGAUUAAGGCUACAGAUUAUUCUUCAUUUUCGGAUAUUGAUUCAGAUGAAGUGAAAUACAAAGCUCAUAGUCUUUUAAAACGAAUUGGCUGAAUUAAAAAAUUUAAACACUUUCAUAAACUCCCAAACUUUCUCUCAUGCCUUUUUCUCUGAUCUGCGACUUGAUUGUCCUAAACGCGGACGCCAAAAGCUGGAGUUGACUUCUUAAUGACGAGUAGAUGAAGACGUUGUGAUAUACCAACGAUGUAUUAUGUAUAUAUUAUUCGAUAAUUUAGAGUUUGAAGAUGUU